UUGAAAUAGAGAGAGAGAAGAGGCGAUGCGAUCGUGGUGGCUGCGGGUUGGGGGCAGCCGAUACGCGGCAGGGGGUUAAUGGGCUAUUAUUUGCAAAUGAAUUGGCAGCCAAACCUGAGACGCAAAACUGGUCCUCCAUUAGGGCUUAAAAACCUUGGCAAUUCCUGUUAUCUUAACUCUGUCCUUCAGUGCCUUACUUAUACCCCUCCACUUGCUUAUUUCUGCCUCAAAUCUCAACAUUCCUCUUCUUGUGAUUCUGGAGCUGCAGCUGCUUCAGAGAAGAAGAACGAAUGUCCUUUUUGUAUAUUAGAAAGGCGAAUAGCUAGGUCUUUGAGUCUCGAGUCAGCACUAGAUACUCCGGCCAAGAUUAAUAAUUGCUUAAAGAUUUUCGCCCAGCAUUUUAGGUAUGGGAGACAAGAGGAUGCCCAUGAAUUCUUGCGCUAUGUCAUUGACGCCUGCCACAAUACGUGUUUGCGGUUGAAGAAGUUGCAGCAGCAGAGAAGGAAGGGUGGUGGAGGUGGUGCUGAUGGAAAUGGGAAUACCAUUGUUAAGGAGAUCUUUGGGGGUGCUUUGCAGAGCCAGGUUAAGUGCUUGUCAUGUGGUGCUGAGUCAAAUAAGGUGGACGAGAUCAUGGAUAUAAGUCUUGAUGUAUUGCACAGUAGCUCACUCAAGGAUGCUUUGCAGAGAUUUUUUCAGCCUGAGGUUUUGGAUGGCAACAAUAAGUACAAGUGCGAGAACUGUAAGAAAUUGGUGACAGCAAGGAAGCAAAUGUCAAUUCUUCAAGCACCAAAUGUUCUUGUCAUUCAGCUCAAGAGGUUUGAAGGAAUAUAUGGUGGGAAGAUUGAUAAGCCCAUUGCUUUUGAAGAGAUUCUAGUGCUUUCAAGCUACAUGUGCAAAGCGAGUCAGGAUCUGCAUCCAGAAUACAAUCUUUUUGGAACUAUUGUCCACUCAGGCUUUUCACCAGAUUCAGGGCACUAUUAUGCAUAUAUCAAGGAUGCUGUGGGUCGUUGGUACUGCUGUAAUGAUUCUUGCGUUUCUCUUUCAACCUUGCAAGAAGUGUUGUCGGAGAAGGUGUACAUCCUUUUCUUCUCUCGUAACAAACAGAGGUCACCACCCACCAAGACAUGUCUAUCAAUUAAUGGGUCAAAGUCCAAUCAUUCCAAUGGCUUGGCUAAAUCCAAAAUCUUGACCAGUGACUUGGCAAAAGCAGAAAAUGGAAAACAAGUUUUAGGCCACCCCUCUGACAAAGAAAAUGUAAUGAUGUCUAAGGUCAGUAAAGUGCAUUCAAGCCCAGUGAGGGAGUCGAGUAUAUUUGAAAGAUCUUCCAUCAAGAAAAUACCUACCUCUGGUAAUAUUAAAAUUGUUGUUCAUCAAAGAAAAUCUGGCGAUAGAACCGGUGAUGUGAGAGCAUCAGUUCUUACAGAGAAAGAGGUUGCAUCAUUACCAGAGAGGAAUGGUGUUAGCAAAAGUUGUGGUAAUGGCCAGAUGACAAGAUCACAUGCCUUAACGAAUGGAAAUGGAAAACUUCCAAUUGUAGCAACCAACUCCAUAGCAGACGGUCCCCAGAAAGAUUAUGGUGGAAGUAAUGGAAAGGCUGCAGGAAGGGAUCCAUACCACGAAGAGGUGACUAGAUCAUCAUCUUUAGCAAAUGGAAAUGGCAAAGUCCAGAGUGUUGCAACUGAUACAUUGAGGGUAAGUCUGCUUAGAAAUAAUGGGGAGAAUAGUGAAGGCCUAGCAGCAAGAAUUUCUGUAAACAAGGAGACCCCCAAUGGCCAUGUUGAAUCGUCUUCUGUCUCAGGUUCAAAGAGAAAAUCACCAGAUCAAUGCAUUCUGCUUGAGCAAGAUGCUCGGUCUCGUGCAAAGGUGGAAGAAUUAAAAAAAGAGCUCUAUAAGGAAGCUUCAUUAGUUCUAAGAACAUGUGGUUGGUCAGAAGAAGUCUAUGCUUUUAUGCGUUCCAAGAAGUCAGGGGCACAAUCAGACUUUCAAGCAUCAGACAUUAAUGUGAUGAAGAAGUUAUUGAUUGCAGAUGCCAAACCAAUGUUUAUCUCACGAAUUCCUGAAUCAUUGAAGGGUAGUCUUAUUAAACGCCUAACAUCAUUUAGUCAAGGAACACCACCCUCCAGUAUCUAAGCACUCAGACAUGUCCAUUGAUCAUGGUGCUGAUUUGCUUGGUCUGUAUUCUUUCACUUGGAAAUGGGAUGUUUGUUUGUGGUAACUAGCAUCGUAUGUUGCACUGUGGAGCAGAUGAGUAUUAGUUGUCCUUGAUUUUCUUCACUCUGCUGUGAUGUGUCCCGAAGGUGUUCAAUCAGGUAAAGGAGGAAAUCAAAGCGGCAACAUCAUAUUCUGGUACAGAUUUUUAGUGUGAGGCAGAAGAGCUUAUAGAAGACACGUAAAAUCCUUUCUUGCUGUAUGAUAUAUGCCCUUUUUGGCGGUGGUUUAGCAUGUAAUCCUCAUUUUAUGGAUGCUUACCAAUUUUUUCCAUAAAAUUGUGGUCGGGGUUGUAUUCUUGAAUCUAGAGUUGAGGUUUUACUUUUGAACAUACAUGAUAAUACCACCAUUAGAUAAUUGUUGAAGGAAUUCCAUAUUCAUAGAUUUUUAUCUCAAACUUCUAAAAGAUACUGCUCUGA